UUGUUCAAUAACAAUAACCUCCUAUCCACCAAUCAGGUGUCUUUUAACGUACGUUCCGCUCGUCCGCGGCGAGACCGCUUUUUUACCGAAGGUGUGUGGGCCGAGGUCACUCAAACUGUACAUAACUACUGUGCUGGACAACCUUUAAAGGACAAUGCGGCGUAUUCCACAGGCAACAGUUCUGGGAUAGAUCGAGCAACAGCUGUCUUCCUGAAUUGGCCACGACUUACCACGACACAGGUAAUCACAAUGCAGGAGGCGUGGCGUGUUCCGGUGUAUGAUCGGUACACAUUGGUUGUUCAAUUAUUCACCUCGCGCGCCCGGACACAGGAAGCGAAGAUUCAAGCACAACUCUCUGAAUUGAUACUUUUACGUUCUCGAAUACCCAUUCUUCUUGGUUCAUCAGCUCUUCGUGAUCGAACUUUAGAUAGUAUUCCUUUUGGUGGAUCUUUCAGUGAUCGCUUGUCUCAACUUCUACGUCUAAGGGAAUCUCAUCUCAUGGAUGAGUUGAACAAAAUUGAAAAACGACGAAAUAUAAUGAGGAAACAGCGACGGGAAAGGCAGGAACAUCAACUUCCAACAGUUACGGUAGUUGGCUACACCAAUGCAGGUAAGACAAGUCUUAUUCGCAGUCUGACCGGCAAUGCUGAGCUGGUUGCGUCCCCAAGAGUUUUUGCAACACUUGAUAUCACGCACCAUCGAACACGUCUUUCCAUGAACUUGACGGAACCAGGAACGGAAAACAAGGCUAUUACACAAGGGAAAAAAAUGGGAAUACCGGGAAUACAGCUCCUGCUGUUGGAUACAAUCGGUUUUAUGGAGGACUUACCAACGUCCUUGAUUGCUGCCUUUCGUUCCACAUUGGAUGAAUGUCUUGAUACGGAUCUCAUUUUACAUUUGGUGGAUAUCAGCGAACCGGGCUGGGAACAUCGAGUUGCACAUGUAGAUGGAGAGCUGUCUCAGGCUGGUAUUGAUAUUUCUCCAGCUCCCGACAAUGUUUCCCCAUCUGCCUCGGCUACGACACCUUCCCCAGCACGUGCAAAAACUCAAUUGCCUGUACUUCAUAUAGGUAACAAGGUGGACAGGGGACUAACGUACUUGACCGAAACCAACCGACGCCUGUUGGAUGUUGUUAUUUCAACAAAACAAGGCACAGGGUUGCACGAACUCGCUAAGCGAAUUGAAAUGGAGCUCGUGAAAUUCCGGGGCUGGUGUCGCCGCACCGUGGCCCUCAGUCAAAGCAGCACAGCCCUAAGGUAUCAUCCGUAUGAAACUUUCACAGUCUCCCAACGUUUUAGCACCAGCCGAAACCGGGUGGCAUUCUAUUUUGAUUCGAAAUUGGGCCACGUUGCUUGUAAGAAAGCUAAAUAG